AUGUCCAUGUCAAUAGAUGAAUGUCAACAGCCCCGUGCGGGCUUCCCCAAACCCGUACCGGACACCCCCACAAACGUCAUGCAGCAAUUCAGCAUGAAAGGCAAGACCAUUGUUAUCACAGGUGCCGCUGAAGGCAUUGGCGGUGCUGUUGCCGACGCCAUGGCCGAAGCUGGCGGCAACGUAGCCCUCUGGUACAACACCAACCCCAAAGCCAAGGAGCGCGCCGAGACUCUCGCAAAAGAGCACAAUGUGCAAACCAAGACCUACAGCGUCGACCAAACUUCCGCCACAGCCGUUGAGGCUGCCAUAAAACAAGUAGUCGCAGACUUUGGCCGCAUCGAUUGCUUCGUCGCAAAUGCCGGCACAGGCGAUUCCAAACCCCUGCUCGACCAGACGCUGGACUCAUACCACAACCUUCUCAAAGUCAACGUCGACGGACCCGUUUACUGUGCCAAAUACGCCGGCGAGGUAUUCAAGAAGCAGGGCUUUGGCAACUUGAUCCUCACGUCCAGUAUCUCGGCGCAUAUCGUCAAUGUGCCUAUUGACCAGCCCAUCUACAACGGUACAAAGGCAUUUGUGUCACAUUUGGGCAAGUCGCUAGCGCGCGAGUGGAGGGAGUUUGCGAGGGUCAAUAUUGUGAGCCCAGGUUUCUUCGAUACCAAGAUGGGGGCUGGGCCAAAGGUCAUCAAUGAGGGGUUGAGGAUGAUUCCGUUGGGCAGGCAGGGAAAUGUCAAGGAGAUCAAGGGAUUGUUUUUGUACUUGGCAAGUGAUGCAAGUAGUUAUAUGACAGGAAGUGAUUGUAUUAUUGAUGGUGGCUAUGUUCUGCCAUAA